AUGAACUCAUUUCAGCUGGCCCCCCAAGAGCUGGCCCGCUGGCGGGACCAGGAGGAGAAAAGGGAACCCAUGGUGUCCAUCGACUGCAGCCCCCCGGCCCUGCCUGCCACGUCAAAGGACCCUGCGGAGCAGCAGAAGGACCCCGUGGAGCGGCAUGAGCACCACUUCUUAGACCUCAGCUGCCACAUCUGCAAGGACUGGAAGUCCUCAUGUGAGCUACCAGGCUUCCCCAAGGCCAGCCGAAGGGUGGAGGACAAUGUCUUCCAGAGAGCCCCAAGCCCAGCCUCUGUGUCCUCUCCAGAGAUGCCCCAGCCCGGGGAGAAACCUUCCACGGAGCCCCAGGACAGGUGCAGAGCUGCGGGGAGGGAGAUGCCUGCUGGGCCUACAAAGGCCCUGUCCAACCCGCCACCCUGGGAGGGGGCUCUGCACAUGUUCUCCAUCAAGCAGUUCCGGGUCAAGGCCCAGCUGGUCUCAGGAGUCAGCUCUCACCUUAUCACGGCCCUGCCCGAGGUGAUCCGCUCAGCAGGCUGCAUCCCUCCCAGCACCAUCUGGGACCUUCUGGCCAGCAUCUGCCCAGCCAAGGCCAAGGACGUCUGUGUGGUCAGACUGUGCCCACAGGGGGCUCGGGACACCCAGAACUGCCGCGUGCUCUACUCCUACCUCAACAAUAAGCAGUGCCACGGCCUGGCCGCUGUGGAACACGUGACGGCAAUCCUGAUGCCCCUGCCCGCCUUCCAGCCCCUGCCCUCCAGCCUGCGCUCUCUUGGAGGCCCAGGCCUGGAGACCACUCACUCAAGCCUGCUGCUGGCCGUGCUGUUCCCCAAGGCAGGGCUUCCUGACACAGCAGAGUUCAGCCCCUUGCUGGGGAAGGUUCGCAAGAGGGUCUCCUUCAACAAGAAAGUGGAGAUGAGAUGCUACCAGCGGGAGGACAAGAGACCGGAUGUGGCCCAGGAGACCCCUCCCCCAGGGAGUACCCUUCCGGAAAGCCAGGGCAAAGACAGCCUGGCUCCAAGGGGAAUCUGUGCUUGGCAGAGGCCCUCUAGAGGCAGGGGGAGACUAUGGGACGAGCCAGAGACCCGGCAGAGUCCUGGGCAAGGGCAGGGGACCACAAACCCAGGCUGGUGCCAGUCCUGGCACCCCUGUUCAGCAGCGCCAGCUGGUCAUGGCCACCACCUCCACAGGGCUUCCUGUCCCCAACAAGCCCUGCUCCAGCAUCUUGAAUGCCUGGUGACUAUGAGCCACCAGCUCCAAGCCUCCCUGAGGUCCCCAGGCCAGGAGCUCCUUCCCCAGAGCCCUGCAGUCCAUGGAAUCCUUGGCCUCUUUGGCCAGGCACCUGGAGCUCCAGAGGCCCCUAGCCUAGCCCCUGACUCCUCUUUGGGACCUACAGAUGGAGCUGGCUCUUGA